AUGGGUUUACGUGUUGUUUCCGUUAAUUGUAAAAUUUUUUGGUUAUUGGAAUUUGCUAUAAUCGUAAUGUCAUUACGUGCACAGUAUGUCGUUGAAGUGUGGGAACCGAAGCCAGAUGGUUAUGAUGCAGUUUUACAAUGUGAUGCAACGGGUGCCGAUUUUGGUGGUGGUAUUCCAUCCAUAAAUUUCAAUCCUAAUGAUACUGGUUGUGCAUAUUUUACUAGACCAGAGGAUUCCUGCACUGAUACUUUUAAUAAUCGAACUGGGUGUGUACAUUAUUAUGCAGUAGUUCCUCGGGGCAAUUGCAGUUUUUCCGAAAAGGCAUAUCAUGCACAGCGAGGAUAUCCAGAUCCAUAUAGUGCCUUGAUCAUUUUUAAUAGUGAAAAUCAUUCACCGGUACCAAUGGCUGGAGGUAAAUAUGCAGAUCGAGUUAUAAUACCAGUUGUGAUGAUAACAUAUACGUGCAUGACAAACAUUAUGGAUCAUUUUCCAGCUCAUAAAGGGUAUAGAGUAGCUUUGCGGGCUAUACCUGGAUACUAUGAUCUUGUUAAGUAUCUUAUUCCUCUGGUUGCGAUUGUGGCAUUUUGUUUUGUUGUGCUUUGUAUAUCUUUGACUGUACGGUUGUGUCGGGAACGUCGACAUUUAGCCAGAAAGAGAUUAUCAAAACGAAAUCUAAAAAAACUACCUACAAAAAGAUUCAAAAAAGGGGAGGCAGAGGAUUCAUGUGCAAUUUGCAUCGAUGAAUUCAUUGAAGGUGAAAAAUUACGAGUUCUACCUUGCAGUCAUGCUUAUCACUGCAAAUGCAUCGAUCCAUGGUUAACAAAGAUACGGAAAGUUUGUCCUAUAUGCAAACGUAAAGUAUUAUCAACCGGGGAAUCUGACUCGUCUGAUUCUGAAAAUGAAAGGCGUGAUUCUACAUCUGCUUCGGGUUCUGCAACAUUGAAUCGGGAGAAUGCACCAUUACUUCGAAAUGCAGAACCUGUACUAUUCAGUUUUAAACAUCGCAAUGGAAUCAGCUCAACAAAUUGUAUUGUACCACCUUCUGGUGUGGCUGUGCCGAUCAUUCAGACAAAUCAGGCAACAGGUGUAGAAAUAUGUGAUACUUCUCGUAUUGGUCUAAUAUCUAAUCGUUUAGAAGCUGUUUCCAAAAAUAUACGAAGAACUCUACGCCCAUGUUAUCAACAAAUGGUUCAUAGUUCAACACGGGCUCCACGGAGAAACGAAGAAGCAGUGCAAUCGGAAUGCGUUCCCGAACCAAGAGACGAAAGACCUUUUGCAGUAGACAACCAUGCAUUUGAUGUUGGGAAUGAAACAUUUGCCGUGAGUUUAAACACUAAAAGAACUUGCAAAUAA